AUGGCCAACAUUGGAAGCGCGUUUCUAGGCGAUCGUCAGCGUCGACACUUCUCGUCAUCAACCACCCAUACCACCUCCACUCCUCCCUCUUCACCACCACCAACAGGCGUAUCUGGGAUGAUCUAUCCGGGCAGGGCCUCCACUUCACCUCUGGCGAUGCAGUUUGACAAUGAUGAUCUGGACGAUACCACACCUGGGGAGUCGAGCACGACAGCGAACACGGCAUCGGAGAAGAAACAGGAUGAAAUCAAGUUGAAUCUGCCUCCCGCGCCUCCGCCAAAACCUAUAGAUCCAAGGCUGGCGUUGGAAUUGAGAGUGAGGUGGUUGGAGGCGAUUGUGUAUGGGACAAAGCAGGACGUGUCGAACCCGACUACGACGACCCGGCUAUCGCGUCCUGCGCCGCCUAGGAAAGGCAAACAACGAGACUUGUCUGGGCUGAAGGACGGGGAAACGCUGAUGAGACUGGCAGAGAAUGUGCAGCAGAGGUUAGAGGCUGCUGUGGAUGGCAACGAGGGACUGAAGAAGUUCAUGAGCCAUUAUGACCAGCAUUCACAAUACCUCACGUCCGCAUUUGCGCUCUCUGGCCUUCUCUCUGAAGAGGACCCAUCGUCAGCCUACUCAAACAUGACGCCAGAAGAGAUUGACGCGUUUCUGACUGAAAUGGAACCAGAAAUACGCGCGGCAGACCGAGAUAUGCAAGAAAUAGAGGCCCUGGUCAACAAGGGUGUAACUGGAGCUGGGAAGCUGCCAGACCACGAAAAGUUGCAGUCACGCCUCGAGAGUCUACUGGAAGCCAACAAGGCCGACAUUGAACUAGCCGCUUCGUUGGAGAAACGGAUAGCAACGCUAAUGCAGAAACACGCUAGAUCCGUCGACGCCCUGUCGGAACUGUUCGUCUCAUGGGAUGACGCCCUUACCAUGGCAGAAGACUCGAUUAUUCAGAUAGAAAAAGACAAGCGCGAACGCCGUCGACUCGGUCUCGAAUAG